AUGCCCACCUUCCUCUACAACCCCAAUUCCAUCCCAUGUGCAGUGUGCAGACCCCCACCCUCCCCACAGAUCACCAGGUACAGCUUCAUUAGUGGCAGCCUCUUCUGUGUCUGGGUGGGGACCACAGCGACUGACCACUGGAUGCAGUUCCGGCUUUUGGGCUUCUUCGCCCACCGGCGCCUGUGGCAGUGUUACCGGGGCAACAAGGUAGGUUCCAAGCUCUGUGCGAGGUACACAGUCAUCCUGGGGUACUGGAAUACCACCUGUGCCUUCACGAUCCUAUUGGUCCUGUCCACUGCCGGCAUCGUCCUGGGCAUCCUGGCCUUCACUCAGGAGCCCACCUUCGCUUGUCUCUCCCAACACUUCUCCGAGGGCAUCAUGUUUUUUGCCUCCACCCUUCGUAUCCUCUGGACCUUGGCCAUUUUUACUGGCGUCACCAUCAGCUUCCUUGGCCGCCAUUUCAGAGACAGGUGCUUUUCCUGGUCUUACUUCCUGGGCUGGGUGACCCUGCUUAUGGUCUUCUUCACAGGAAUUUUCUACAUGUGUGCUUACCAGAUGCACAAAUGCCAGUGUCUUUCCAUGUCCCACUGA